GGAAAAACACAUACAUCGGUAGUCAGCAGGUUUGGAGGAGGGCACAAUCUUUGUCCUCCCAUAAAAACACACAGAGCACAAGAUAGGAUGUCACAUUCACCUUGCCUGUUGAUCCCACAGCUUCUAUCCUGGUAACCAUGGCCGAUCUCACAGCACUUUUCAAGUAUGUGGACGAGCAUCAGGAUCUUUAUGUUGAGCGCCUUGCUGAGUGGGUGGGAGUCCAGAGUGUGUCUGCUUGGCCUGAGAAGCGCGAUGAGAUCAAGAAGAUGAUGACGAUGGCAGCGAAGGACAUUGAGAGACUGGGCGGGACGGUGGAGAUGGUGGACAUUGGCAAGCAGCAGCUUCCCUCUGGAGGAGAGAUCCCCCUGCCACCCAUCGUUCUGGGGCGUUUGGGUUCAGACCCUGGCAAGAAGACCGUGUGUAUCUAUGGUCACCUUGAUGUCCAGCCGGCUAAUAUCGAUGAUGGCUGGGAUACAGAACCUUUCACACUGGUGGAGAAAGAUGGCAAACUGUAUGGAAGAGGGUCUACUGAUGACAAGGGUCCCGUGUUGGCCUGGUUCAACUGUAUUGAGGCCUACAAGAACACCCAGCAGGAGCUUCCCAUUAACAUCAGAUUCUGCUUCGAGGGGAUGGAGGAAUCUGGAUCUGAGGGUCUGGAUGACCUGAUCUUUUCUCAAAAAGACACAUUCUUGAAAGAUGUGGACUACGUCUGCAUCUCAGACAACUACUGGCUGGGAAAGACCAAACCCUGUAUCACCUAUGGUCUCAGAGGACUCUGUUAUUUUUUCAUGGAGGUGGAGGGUUGCAGCAAGGACCUGCACUCAGGGGUGUUUGGUGGCUCCAUUCAUGAAGCCAUGACUGACCUCAUUGCACUUAUGGGCUCCUUGGUUGACCAAAGAGGGAAGAUCUUGGUUCCUGGAAUCUACAAAGAUGUGGCACCUGUGACAGACAAAGAAAAGGAGUUGUACAAGGAUAUUGAUUUUGAUUUGAAAGAAUACCGCACGGACGCUGGAGUCGAACAGCUGCUGCAUGACACCAAGGAGCUAAUCCUGAUGCACCGGUGGCGGCACCCUUCUCUUUCACUCCACGGCAUCGAGGGUGCAUUUUCUGAAGUAGGAGCCAAGACUGUUAUCCCCCGUAAGGUCAUUGGCAAAUUCUCCAUCCGUCUUGUGCCUGAUAUGGAUCCAAAAGUUGUGGAGAAGCAGGUAUCUGAUUAUCUGCAAAAGAAAUUUGCUGAGAGGAACAGCCCUAACAAACUCAAGGUGUAUGCGACUUCUGGAGCCAAAGCCUGGAUGUCGGACUUUAACCACCCACACUAUAUGGCUGGACGAAAGGCCAUGAAGACGGUUUUUGGUUUGGAGCCUGACCUGACCCGUGAGGGUGGAAGCAUCCCUGUCACGCUCACCUUUCAGGAGGCGACAGGAUGCAACGUGAUGCUUCUUCCUGUCGGGUCCUCUGAUGACGGCGCUCACUCCCAGAACGAGAAAAUCAACAGAUUCAACUACAUUCAGGGAGUGAAGUUGCUGUGUGCGUACUUCCACGAGGUUUCCCAGCUGGACUGAACUGAUGUCUCUCAGCAGAUGUAAAUAUGUCCAUCCUCACUCUCAGAGCCAUAAACUAUGUGGACGAUUUACAGUUUCAUACACACUGCCUGUCCUCAAAUAAUAAAAGGGGUUUCUUUGUC